AUGGCCAGCGCAACGACGUCCAUUCCUCGGUUCCUGCUGCCGCAGACGGCGCAGAUCUGGCGACGGUACCGCGUUCCAAACGUCGGCGCAACGGGUCAUAUUCUGGUACGAUACGCGUCGACUGGCAAAGGCUCCAAACCCAUUGUCUUGGAGAAGCCCGAGAGGUUCAACCCGCCAUCCCACGGCUCCAAGCUCCCAAAAAAGACGAUCCCUCGACACUACGGCGGCGAUCUGAGCGCUGCGGAGGCGACGGUUCAGAAGAAGAAGGACUACCCCGGCCUCAUGGCCCCGGAAGGCACCUGGUCGCAUUGGUUUUGGCACAGCCGCAGUUUGCAUCUGAUGGUUACUCUGACCACCCUCGCGGGACUGGCGUUCUUCACCUUCAUGCAGAACUUCAAGUAUAACUCGCCCUUCGCGGACAUGAUACCCCCGCUUUCCGAUUUCUUCUACCACCCCAUAACCUCUGGACGAACGAUCGUCGAGGUGAUCCGCCUGAGCGAGGCGCACAAUGCCGCGAUCGUGAACGAGAAGCGGAGGCGGCGCGUGGAUGACGUUGUGAAGAGGAGCCAGUACAGGAAAGCCCACGGCCUGGACGAACAGACUGGGUUCGGUGGAUGGACGGCGAAGACAGACGCCGAGGCUAUGGGUCCGGCUCUUCCCAGCAGCGGUGAUGGGACGAUUCAGGCGGCGCAUGGUGAUCAUGAUGCUCAUGAGCCGCGGAAGAAGUGGCUGGGUAUCUUUUAG